CGACUACAUUUGCUUUCAUAGCCAGGAUUGCAGCCAUUUCAGGUUGAUUCUACCGAUCAUAGCUCCAAAUCUUGAUAUUGUCAAGCCAUAGACGAAGGCUGUCGUAUUACCGCUGCUGCUGAGGUGGUACUGAACAUAACUCAAUUUGCCUGGAAGAGCACACUUGCCACCUCCAAAGUCACAAUGGCCCACGAAACGCCAAGACCGAUAUCGGCCGCCACGAUUAGCGCUACGGAUGUGUCCGGCCUAUUGGCACGUGGAUCGUCGCCGCAGCGCAAUAAUGCAGUACAGAUUGGCAAGUGCCCACCGCCAAGAACGCGUCGUCCGCGUACACCCAUCGCACUAACGGAGGAAGACAUGCGCACGCUUAGCGCAGACGAGAUCAGGAAAAAGAAGAACCGCGUGUCAGCGCAGCGUGACCGCGACCGCAAGAAACAGCACGUUCAGGACCUGGAGGACAUGGUGUGUGAGCUUUGGAAACGAGUUCAAUACCUAGAAGGAAUCAUCACAUCGAUGCACCCAAACCAAGACCUGAGUGGGUUGUACCAGUCGUAUGAGCCGUACGCUGUGUCACGGAACUUGCAGCCACUCACCGGAAAUGCUGCUGGUGGGGAUCUCAAUGAGGUCGACAUGACCGAGCUCGCGUGGCUGCUCGACUCGAUACCGAUGGAUCCGAGCAACGAAGAUCAACCGAUGUAAAUGAAGCGAGACUCUGCCUGCUGCCGAACCAAAAUUUAGUUAUGACACCUAAAAUCUAAAAUCUUUCAAUUCAAUUGUACAUGAGCCUACAUGCUUAGGCAUUCGCGAA